CCUCCACAGCUUCCGUCCAAGAUACCCUUUCCCCUUUUCUUUCCUAUCCUGGAAACAUUCUUUAACUUUAGUUUUAAGUUUUACGUUAGUCCUGGUGCCUUCCUGUCCAUUUCGUAUCCUUUUCCCUUUCUGGCUGUUAACUGUAGUGUUCGUCGGCAAAAUGUUCACGACCACCGGGUCGAGGGGAAUGUAUAAAGCCCCUCUGUCGAAAAGCCUGCUGCUGGUCCCUACUGCCCUGACCGUGCUGCUGAUGCUGCUCCAGCCCCAGUACCAAAGCCUGUUCGAGUACAACCUGCAGGCAGUAAGAGAGGACCAUCAGAUCUGGCGGUUGGUAUAUGGCAGGUUAAUCUGGUUGGACCUAAAGGACACUUUCUGUAGUGGUCUGCUUAUCUACAACUUCCGUGUCUUGGAGAGGAGGUUUGGCUCACGCAAGUUUGCUUCCUUCCUGUUGGGGACUUGGAUUGUCUGUGCUGCCAUGGAUCUCCUGUUGGCUGAGACCCUUCACUUCCUAUUUGAACUGCAGGUGGAGAUGCUGCCCGCUGGCCUUCUGGGUCCAGUCUUUGCCCUCUUUGUGCCUUUCUUCUGCUCCAUCCCACGUGUGCCCGUCACCCAGCUGCUGGGCCAGAUCUCCAUCACCAACAAAUCCCUCGUCUACAUCAUGGGCCUCCAGCUACUCACAUCCAGCUAUUUCAUGUGGGUGGUCGCUCUCAGUGGCCUGCUGUCUGGCGUGCUGUACCGUAGUAACCUGCUGUGGAUGCAGCGGCUGCUCCUGGUGCCCGCCUGGCUGAGCCGUGUGGGGUCCCUGCUGCUGGAGCCUCUGUUGUCGGGCAGCGAGCCCACGCAGGAGGCGCCCAUGGGCAUGGGCGCCACACUUGACAUCCAGCGGCAGCAGAGGAUGGACAUGCUGGACCAGCAGAUGCUGCUCUCCCAGCUGGCCCAGGUGCGGAGGAACGCCCAGCCGCCCCAGGCUGGUCUGCUCAACUGGAACCGGUUCUUCCCGACGCUCCGGCAGAGAGGGCGCAAUGCCGCUCCCGCUCCCGCUGCAGCGGCCCCCCAGGCCAGGCGCCCCGGACCCUCCCCUCCCCCGGAGAACACCCCCGUCACAGAGGAACAGGUUGCCAGGUUAAUGGAGAUGGGCUUUUCCAGAGUGGACGCACAGGAGGCCCUGCGGGCAUCCAACAACGACAUCAACAUGGCAACCAACUUCCUGCUACAGCAUUGAGGGAUUUUGGGUUAGGAAAGAAAGGAAGAAAGCAGGAGAAUGGACACAGAGAAUGGGAGAAAGAGAGUGUGACAGGCCCUCUGUCAAGCGGAAAACACAGAGGGAAGGGGGAGUGAAAAUAGCCUCAGGUGUGAUUUUAAACCUGCCAAAACGGAGGCCCAUGGAGAUGCCUCGCUGGGACUUGGAGCCACUGUCGCUGCCAAAGAGAAGGCUGUGCUCACCGUUGCCACCUACUGGGUGUUGGAGAAAGUGUCGAAGCCAAGGAGAGGAAGGGAAGGGAACUGAGAAAACAGUGUCUCAGGGCUUGCGUUGUCUUACGUCAUCUCUCUAUCUCUCUGCCAUGAAAACUGCUCCAGUCAGCUCAUUCUCUAGGAUGUUUGGCUAAUGUAGUCGUAGACUGGAUACUGAAACAUCCCUUAAAAGAUUAUUUUUUUCUUUUAUUACACAAACGGACAUUUAGAGAAGAACCAUUUUGGACAGCACGGUAAUGAAGCUGGUGGUAUGUGGUGAUAUUUUUGUCCUUUUAAGAAAUUGAAAGAGUGUUUUAUCAGAAGAACAGCCGAUGCAGGUCAACGUGAACUUAACCUGUGUGUAGAGACUUGUAUGUAUAUUUUGUGUAAUGUGUAUAUAGGAAAAUAUCUCUGUAUGGACUAUUUGGUUGAUUUGUACAGCCUCAGUUUGUCGCUGUGUUGAGGAGCACUUCAUAUGGCUUCACUAUACAUCAUGUGAAUUAAUUUCACUGUGGAAUUUAAAAUCAUGGUAAUGAUUGUGACUAACCUGAUGGCCUGUCCAAUGCUAUUAACACUCAUGAUCCUAAGAUCCGAUUGCUCAACAUUAACUUAUUCUAUUUUAAGUUAUUAUAUUAUCUUAUUGACCUGGUACAUCACGGACGUCCAUUAAUAUUGUGUACCUAACCAAAGUGUCCCCUCUCUUUCCAUCUUUGUCUAAGCGCCAGUUGCUUGAUCAGUGAGUUGAGCUCUUUUAUUCUUUCAUGUGUGUGCAGCAGUUGGGUGUUAUUUUUUUCUCUCUCUUUCUCUCUCUCUCUCUCUCUUCUCCAUAAUGAACAAGACUGACAGCAGAGGCCGAACACUUCGCUGUGCUGUGCUGCAGACAUGAGUGUGAUUAUCAGACGCUGUAGCUGUCCGUUCUCACUCAGUGAGAUAUAUUAUGCAAAGCUCCCUCUCUAAUGGCUAUGGGCUGGGUCUCAAUGUCAGGGGCUGCAAAAGGGAAACAAAAUCUCCAAUUAAAACCUACCUCUAAUCCAAA